UCUGUCGCUCCAUCGCAUAUCUUCUUUUCUUCUCAGGCAAAUUUACACGAUACUGUUUCGCUUCCUCUUCUCUCUCUCUCUCUUCUUUUCAGCAACGGUGCUCGAAUCUUUUUCUUCUUUGUGGGGUCUUGGCUUUCAGAUUACAUAUUCCACUGCUGUGGUUUACAUAGCAAAACUUUGUCAGUGAAGAACGGUUGAAUUCGUUGUAACCAUGGUUAGUAUGUCUGGACUAAUUGAAGGCCUUCCAGAUGCUGUUGCCCUUAGGUGCAUAGCGCGAGUUCCCUUCUACCUAUAUCCUAAGUUGGAGCUUGUUUCUCAUGCAUGGAGAGCUGCCAUUCGUAGCUCUGAGCUGUUCAAAGCUCGACAAGAGGUUGGCUCGGCAGAGGAACUUCUUUGUGUGUGUGCAUAUGAUCCAGAAAAUUUAUGGCAGAUGUAUGAUCCCAUCCACGACCUUUGGAUUACUCUUCCUGUCCUUCCCUCGAAGGUCAGGCACCUUGCUCACUUUGGCGUGGUCUCAACUGGUGGAAAGCUGUUUGUGCUUGGGGGUGGAAGUGAUGAUGUUGACCCAUUGACUGGUGACCAAGAUGGGAGUUUUGCAACUGAUGAAGUCUGGUCAUAUGACCCUAUAAUGCGUCGGUGGGCUCGAUCUGCAUCCAUGAUCUUACCUCGUGCCAUGUUUGCAUGCUGUGUUUUGAAGGGAAAGAUCAUUGUUGCUGGCGGUUUCACCAGCUGCAGAGAAUCUAUAUCUCAAGCCGAAAUGUAUGAUCCUGACAAGGAUGUCUGGACUCCAAUACCCGAUCUCCACUGCACUCACAAUUCAGCAUGCUCCGGAUUCGUUAUCGGAGAGAAGGUGCAUGUCUUGCACAAGGGGUUGUCGACAGUGCAAGUCCUGGACCACAUAGGUUUUGGGUGGACAGUAGAAGAUUAUGGUUGGCUCCAGGGUCCAAUGGCAGUAGUACAGGGAGCCCUGUACGUGAUGAGCCAUGGACUCAUUGUCAAGCAGGAAAAAGAAGCUAGCAAAGUAGUGGUUUCUGCUUCGGAGUUUCGUAGGAGAAUCGGGUUUGCAAUGAUAGGACUAAGAGAUGAAAUAUACGUGAUUGGAGGGGUAAUUGGCCCUGAUCGGUUUAACUGGGAUAUCAAACCAAUGUCCGAUGUUGAUAUAUUGACUGUUGGGGGCGAUAGACCUACAUGGCGUCAGGCAGCUCCAAUGACUAAGUGCCGAGGAACAAUUUUUGGUUGCAUGCAACUAAGAAUUUAGGUCCCCACUUUUCUUUGGUAGUUGUUGGUUUAACGCGAGAAGUGAACUCAUUUUGUUGAGGCAUUUCAAUUCCUCUUAUUGGAGACGAGAAAUCUUUCAUUCGUGUCUUUGGUCUUGGUUUUCACUCCAUUUUUACUUUUAUUUUUAAGAGUUCUAACAGGGGAGAUUCCUUUCGAAACGAGAAAGUGACAUUGAAGUUCUUGCAUAAAAUACAGAGAAGAAGGGAGACAGCAGACAAAGACGGAUCCUUGUGGGAAUUGCCUGGGCAGACCCUAUGCAAAAGAGAGAUGGAGAGUUAAACCAAUUUCUAUGGUCUGGACCCUAAAGACGGAAGAUAAAGAGAGCGAGUUAAGCCAAGCAUUGGGGUCCGGACCCUAUGGCUAAAAAACUAAGCUCUUCAUCAUGUAAUGAGACUCGAGUUGAGCCAAGAAUGCAUAUUUUAUCUUACCUGGUGUGAGUUUGAAUCUUGAUAUUUAUUUUGGGAA